UUUAUUGCGACACUUCGUGCAGGUAAUGGACAGAGAGUUCGGUCCCCUCUUGUGCACCUGACGCGGCGGAACUAAAAGAAGGUGUCCUGAGAAUAAACAUUCCGGCCGGCCGGGGGACUGUUAUUAGGGUAGCACUCGCUCCGGCUGGUUUCCGGAAACGGGCGGACAGACGGCGGUUACCGUGACAACGCGACGGGGGCCGGUGGAUUGAGGGAGCGCCGCAGUGCGGGAGCGGAGGCAGGAACGCCGCGCCACGGGAGGGGCGCUCUGGCUCUGAGGUCCGCUCUCCUCCCCCGAUGGUCUGAGCUGCUCGGUGUGUUGUCGGUGCACUGGCGGCCAGGUCUGUGUCAGACAUGGAGUACGGGACGGAGGAGAUGGUUCCGGUCUGCCCUAACCCCCUCUUCUUGCAGUGGCUGGUGGAGUGGCGAGACAUGGCAGCGGAAAGGCAGCACAAGUCGCAAAUCGUUUAUGAGAAGGCCAUUCGCUCCCUGACCAUGUAUCCAUUGCCGCUGCGGAACGGGAGGGAGGCGAGAAUUCUCUACGGCUUUGGCGACGGGAUUUGUAAUCGCCUGGAUGAGAAACUGGCCGAAUACUACGCUGAGCAUGGUAGAGACGUUCCCAUCCAUUACGCCUGCGCCCCAGUUCCCAUGAACACAGCGUGGGCUCAGAGGAAGAGGACACCGAGCGCUGGGUCACCCACGAAGGUGGCGAGCUGCUGGGCGGCGGAGAGCGUGUCCGAGGAGGAGGACCCGGCAGAGCAGAGACCCUCCCCUUCAAAAAGGAGGCGACCGGAGAACCGCGAGGAGCAAGACUACAAGCCGCAGAAGCGCUCUGGCGGGUACGCGCUCCUUCUGACCUUCUACAGGGAGGCCAAGAAGCCAGGUUAUCGAGGUUUCAUGACGAAGGGAGAACUGCAGAGGAAAGCCCAACCCCUGUGCAGGAUAUCCUUCACUCACUUUAAAGCAAGCUACCGGUACAAUGCAUGGUCGUCAAUCAGCGCCCUAAUCCAGAAGGACCUCGUGAUAAAGACCGGUUUCCCCGCCAGAUUCACCCUGACCGAGAAGGGCCUGAAGCUGGGUGAGAAGCUGAACGCAGAGCACCUGGAGGAGGAGCGGCUGGAGGAGGCACGGGGAUAUGCGGCCGGAACCGCUGAGCCCUCCGUCGUCGGGGAGUAUGAGGAGGCCCAGCCCCCAGCGACCCCAGCGGCAGUUGCCGGUGUAGUCCAGCUGCCGCACUUGCCCGCGGGCUCUGGCGAAGGACAGACCGCCGGAUCGACCGGAUUUUCGUUGGCCGACGCCUGGGCGCCGGCAGAAGUCCAGACGACAAGUUCCAGAGCCUCACAGGACCGGCAGCCCGCCUUCACGCACAUCCCCGAAUUCACGCUGCGGCCGGGGGAGUUCGACGUGGUGCUGUGCAUCGACUUCAUCGAGACGACGGCGGGGGCAAGUCACAGGAAGCGGGAGCUGGUGACUGAGCUGCGGAAAAACAAAAUCAACUUCGACGUUCGCAAGCUUCACGUUGGGGACUUCCUGUGGGUGGCCCGAGAGAGGGUGCAGCACAGUCCAGGGCAGCCUCACCCAUUCCGCCCCCGGGAGCUGGUCCUGGACUACGUGGUGGAGAGGAAGAGGAUGGACGACUUGUGUGGCAGCAUUGUGGAUGGCCGUUUCCGGGAGCAGAAGUUCCGGAUGAAGCGCUGUGGGUUGAGGAAUCGCAUCUAUCUGGUGGAGGACUGCAGCUUCGUCAAGCACCUGAGCCUCCCGGAGAGCACGCUGCAACAGGCCAUUGUCAACACCCAGGUUGUGGAUGGAUUCUUUGUCAAGCGGACUAAGGACGUGAAGGAGUCGGCCGCCUACCUCACCAUCAUGACCAGAUACCUGCAGAACCUGUACCUGCAGAAGACCCUGGUCAGCUGCAGGAAGGAGGAGCAGGCAGCUUGCAGCAAGGGGGAGACGGACUCCAACACCUGCGUCCUGCUGACCUUCAGCGACUUCAAUGAAGGAGCCAUGAAGAACAGGGCGCAGACUGUGAAGGAGGUCUUUGCUAAGCAGCUGAUGCAGAUUAACGGGAUCAGUGGAGAGAAAGCUGUGGCCAUUCUGAACCACUAUGACUCCGUCGCCAGCCUGAUGAAAGCCUAUGAGGCGUGUCCAACCGCAGUGGGGCGGGAGAAGCUACUUUCUAACAUCAAGUGUGGCAGCACCCAGCGGAACCUGGGCCCAGCUCUGAGCAAGACCGUGUCACAGCUGUACUGCACGGAGGGGCCACUCUGCUGAACCAGCACUGCCAGCAACUGCUGUGAGACCUGCCGGAGGGAACCCGACUGUCACCCAUCGAGGGAGACCUCCCCCACCCACCCCGAGGAGCUGCUAUCAAAUGGAACCAAGUUCUCGGCCUAUUGCCCCUACCCUCUCCUCCAUCCCCAGCCCUCACCCCCCAUUCCCUCCCUUUCACUUCCCCCCAGUUCCCUGAGGGAAGCCGGUGAAUCCUUGGUGCGCAGAAUCUACAGACACGUCGCCUCUCAUCCUGUUUCUCAAGACGUUGCCUUGACCCGGAGUCGGGCACCAAGCCGCUCCUUCAAAUCCCAGAAGGAGCUGGAGACUCGGUCGCGGAUUUUAGCUGUGAAGUGCCCCGAGACCUUGUUUUUAGAGACAGAUCCAGCCCACCGUUUCCCCGGUGGGGUGGAGCGAUGUUUUUUUUUAAAAACAAAAUAUCAUGAGUUAAACGGAAGGUCUUUGCGUCGUUUUGGGCGUGGACCAUAUUUUUAGAGUAAAUGGAGGCUUUGAUUCUGAAUGGCCACUGAUAAAGGUUUCAUUCUGAACCACAGUGCUAUCCUUACACUGACACAGCCAUCAAUGCCUGUGCUGGUUUUAUACGCAAACAACCCAAGUUCGGGGAAGGGAUACCAUUCUCUCCCCUCAGGAACCGUCUGUCAGAUGUCUCUAUCUAUCUCUCUCAUCCCCUUUCCCUGCCUGUCUCUCUCCCUUUCUCCCCCCCCACUCUCCUUCCCCCUUUCUCCCUGUCCCUUUCUCUUCCUUUCCGUCUCUUUCUCCUUCAUCUCUUCCUCUUUCACUCUGCCUCUGUCUUUCCAGCUCUUUCUCCCCUUCUCCCCGCACUCUCCUUCCUUCCUCUCUUUCUCCCUCUCUCUCCUCCAUUUCUCUCUGCCUCUCCAUCUUUCUCUCUCACUCCCUCUCCUCCCUGUCUCUCACUCCGUCCCUCUCUGUCUGUCUGUCUCUCUAUCCGCCCCCCCCGUCUCUCUAUAUCUCUGUCUGUUGUCAAAGUUUCUGACUCUCCGAUUCCCAAGUCCUGCGAUCAUGUGGUCCUUGUUACCAAUUAACCUCCUCUUCUCUCUCAUGGAAAAGUUACCCAGGGCAUGCAAUGAGCUGGCCCUCCUCCUGUUCCGGGAGAGCAGGUGGAAUCCCACUUCUCUUCGUUGCAGGGUGGGAGAGACAGAGCUGAUGCGAGGCCAGGCCGACCACCGACUGGGCCCGGAUACCAGGAACUGUAGCUUUAUUCCAUGUGAUGUGUUUGCAUUUACAAAGUUAGUGCUUGUUGCUGUUCGUGUUAAGUGUUUAAUGUAUUCAGAAAUCAUUGUGAGGUCUUUGUCGCCCCGUCUGUGAUGUGGUCCCGUGGACUGUGCGUGAGGUACAUUUACCGUGCGUUGUUUGUGAUGUCUGUGCUUUGUGCGUGAGGUUAUAGAAGUGACAGUGUGCUCUGCGCUGGCAUUCUCCCCCCACCCUCGCCCCUGGCUCUGUCGGAGAUUUGUCCCCCAUGAGCGAGUUGGGGACGUUUCUGGACCCGGCCCGGGGCUGAGGCAGUGAAGCAGAGCCAGGUGCUAUUGAACUGUUUUGAACGGAAACAAAAUAAAGGUUCAGUGCGUGGACGGGCCUGUGACCUGUUUUCCUUCGAGCCUGGGGGGAGGUGAGGGGGAGCAAUGGGACCCGAAGGUUCCCAACCUGUGCAUCUGCAGCUGCUGGGAACCUGAGGUAAAAUCUGAAACACGUCUCGGCAGGUCAAGAGGGAGAACUAAUGAAAGUUCCGUCGUUAAAC